GGGAGGUCAUGUGCCGCCGGACCUUAAUAAAUAUCAUCGUCAUCGUCAUUAAUAUCAUAUCAAAAUGGCCGAGUCUCUCUUACUCCUACAGAAGCCCAAUCGCUGGACAGCCAGGCAUCUCGAAGUCGCUAGAGUGAGGGUAAUUCAAGAUGUAUCUGCAGCUGAACUUCUCGGGGACUUCUACCCAGAAGAUGGAGAUCCUGAAUUUGAAAACAUCGCAGAACAACUAUGUGGCCCGAGUCGAGAAGAGAUGGAGAGAAGCGUCGAGACGAUGCAUCUCACGUACGACAAGACGGCCUUGAUCGCAUUGUUCGAAGAUCUUUACAUGAUUCUGAAAGUGGAUGUGAAACAGUAUCGUUAUUGGUUUAAGCACUGGCUGUGUAAACUGGUCGAGGGAAUUCAGUUUCGAACAUCUUCACUGACCGGUCUAUUUGUGAAUACCUCCAGACGCACAACUGAUAUCAGGGUUGACAUACCACGAUUAUCGCGCGCUCAUAUGAAGGUGGAUUGCACUGUUUUAAAAUUCAACAAGGAAGAAGAUUCUCUCACUAUUCCUCUUGCAGUUCUUUCUAUUAUCAAAACGAAAUGUGAAGAGAGCGUUGAGAUCUCUCGGUAUGAAGUCCCGCAGUGUUUAGCGCAAACCAUUAUGGCCUACUCUCGCAACCCCGGACUGGAACAGUACUACGGAUUUGUUAUUAACCUUGAUCGAACUGUUUUGCAAAUCAGCAAGGCUGUUGUGGGUCAAGCAUACCUAAAGAGCUUCUGGGAAGAUGGAUCUAUCACCGAGGAUAUACAACUACAUCGUGCAAAGAAAUUAGACCUUCUUGAUCGUGAUGGACGCAGGGAGUUCUCAAGGCUUAUAAUAGGAAUAUCUAAGUUCAUUUUGGCAAAUGAACAGUCGAAGAUUAUCCAGGAAGGACUGCACUGAAAGGAGAGAUGCAAGCUUUAGGGGAAGUUCCCACGUAACGACCAUGUGUAGGCAGACCCGCUGCCAUCAUAAAGUGGAUGUGUUACCUUAAGGUCCAUAGG